ACGAUUCGCGAGUUAUCGCAUCACAGCGGAAUCCUUUGCUGUGAAGGGGCUUAUACCAGAAAAUCACAACAGCUCCCAACAGUUGGUCUGUGAGCAUCUAGAUGAGGAAAAGGUUCUGGAUGCUUUAUGUCUUGAGAAAGACGUCGAUGGUUUUCAUCCCGUUAAUAUGGGGAAUCUUGCCAUAAAUGGAAGGGAGCCACUGUUUACUCCUUGUACUCCAAAGGGCUGCAUUGAGUUAUUGAUCAGAUCAGGAGUCGAUAUAAUGGGGAAGAAAGCCGUAGUGAUCGGAAGAAGUAAUAUUGUUGGUUUGCCAACGUCCUUGUUAUUGCAGAGACACCAUGCAACAGUCACUGUUAUACAUCCCUUCACAGAAAACCCUGAACAGAUCACCUCAAAAGCUGAUAUUAUAGUUUCAGCUGCUGGAGUGCCUAAUUUGGUCCGUGGUAACUGGAUUAAGCCUGGUGCAACUGUGAUCGAUGUUGGUACUACUCCUGUUGAGGAUUCUGGCUGUGACGAUGGUUAUCGUCUCGUAGGCGACGUAUGCCAUGAAGAAGCCAUAAAAGUGGCAUCUGCUAUUACUCCUGUGCCUGGCGGGGUUGGGCCUAUGACAGUUGCAAUGCUACUAUGUAACACUCUAGUUUCUGCGAAGCGCAUGCUGAAUUUUAAUUGACCCUGCCUUUUUUCGAAGUGCUAUACUUCUUUCAAGGUCAUUUUCAGCAUGGAUCGAGUUUAAAAACAGGAAAUUCGUUUUACAAUUUUGUAAUUCAUAUUAUGUACGUGAUUGUCUAGAUUCUGUUAAAGAACCUUUGAUUCGGAUUGUUGCACGGUAGUUGGUCUUCUACAGUUUACUCGUCGGAACCAUAGGAUUUAUUUCAGUCAAAAUGUAUCAAUUGAAAUAUGUAA